AUGGAUAUCGAUAUGGAAUCUAGCGACAUUCGCGAUCGUUACGAUUUCGAUGGCAAGGAUAUGCACAUCGCUACUGCACGCCUCGACACCUACCCGCCUCUGUGGAAAGGAUCCAAAACAUCCUCUGGAAUCGACUGCUUGAUAGUCGUUAUUCGACGCAUAUACAGCUGCUAUGUUAUCGACACUGAUUUCAAGGAUGCUGUUCAUUGGGUUGCCAUGGCCGAGAAGCAGAACCCCAUCCUGCGUCACGCUUGGCAUGUGUUUGGCAAUUCGCCAGACAAUGUAGCGAGGACGACUGAGGAUAGAAAAAGUCUUGAGAAAGUUCUUAAUUCUCUCGGUAUUACACCACAGGCAUCAUUCAAAGAUAUUUGUGGUUCGUCCAUGAUGAACAAAACAUUUUGGUCACACGACUGGUUCCGCCUCAGCCAUCCUCCUUUCGAUACAGCGACUGGCAAGCCGAUCGACCUCUCGCCAGACGAGAUUGCGAAGCUGAGCACACUUGAGCUAGACCUCUGCAAGUCUCCCGAUGAUCGCCUACAAGAGGUCGUAGACAAGGCCUUUGGGAUCCGCACUCUGGGUGGAGUUGAGGUGGGUUUAAUACCGAGUGCCCCUUGGGUUGUUCGUGUCCUCUAUCGCGUGCCCAAGAUGGAUAGAAUUCCAACUAUCCAACAUCUGAAGACCAUGGAGGUGCCUAUCUGGACAAAGUGUUUGGAUAGAUCCGAUCUCUGCUUUCGAGAAAGUGGAAGGAACUUAUACUAUCUCAUGGCUGUUGUUCGCAUGAGGAGGGACGGUCGUUCAGAUUUGGUGCGGACUUACAAUCCCACCGGUUCCAACGUUCUUUUCAACUAUACGUCGAAAUACAUCAUGUCAGACCAGUGGUCUGUCGUUGAAGGGGAUCGCACAUACAUGCUGUUCUACGCUUCUAUGCCUAUGAACCUAUGUCGUCGGGAAAUCCGGGAUCGCACCUAUUUCCCUGAGGUAGCUCAGCGUGAAGACGUGGAUGAGGAGUGGAUGGAGGCCUUUGAAGAACUGAUGAGAAAGACCAAGUCUACGCUCUCAACUACCGUGCCGAAGCCCAAAGAGACCAUCCCCGGCCAAGCGACUCUUCCAUUUGCACCUCUGACAUCUCAGCCUCCUGAGGCUCCUUCGUCAAUGUCUCGGGAUUCAUCGGUCGUCGCUAAACGACAGCGCACCACUGUCCAGACUGAAGAUGACAUUCAAAGUCAAGAUCCCAAGCGACAGCGUGAGGAACAAGGGAACAAUGAACUUGGUACUAUCCGCAAUGGCUCCAAUCGUAGUCAUGGCCGUUCCAGGCUUUCUGGCCGUUCCCACAAUGACCAUGGUGGUUGGAAUAGUAGCUAUCGUGGUUCUAGAAAUCGUAGCCGUGGUGGUAAUUAUAGCGCACGGGGAGAUUCUAGCAACAGGGGUCGUAGCCAGGUAGACCCCAGCGCUGACGAAAGACACCGAUUAGCUCGUCGUGGCUAA